AUGGCAGACCCCUUAAAGUCAGCCCAAGGCAUCGGCCAAGUGGAUAAGAAUGCACGCAAUCCGCGAGAUUUCAAAGCUACCGAAGACAGCCGCCCGGAUUGGAAUGAAUCGACUCCUUUCCUCUGGACCAAAACCAAGAAGCCAGAUUGGAAGCUCGGGGAUGGUGCAAACAACAAAGAUGACCUAGCCCGGACCAACCAGAUCUCGAUAGAUCCCCACGAAGAAGGUCGCGAUCCCGCCCUCAACUAUCGACUCAUCACCUCAGCUGUGAUCCCUCGGCCGACAGCAGUCGUGAGCACAGUGUCCAAAGAUGGAAGCACCACCAAUCUCGCUCCAUACUCCUUCUUCCAAGCCAUGAGUCAUGAUCCGCCAACAUUCGUCGUGGGCCACGCUGUUGGCUCGACCGCGGCAAAGGACAGUCUGAUCAAUAUCAAGGAGACUGGCGAGUGCGUAAUCAACAUGCUCACCGAGGACAUCCUCGAAGCCUCCAAUGCAGCUGCAAUGGCAACACCCUAUGGUAUCUCCGAAUGGGCUCUAUCAGGCUUGACGCCUGCACCAUGUACAGACGUCAAAGCGAGUCGCAUUAAAGAGGCUGUGUUCGCGGUCGAGUGUAAGCUUGUAGGAGUACAUGAGAUUAUGAGUCGAAGCAAGCCGGGCUUGGUCGCGAAUGUCAUUACUAUCCUUGAAGGCACCCGGUUCUGGGUGCGGGAAGACGUCGUGGAUGAGGAGAGAAAGUACAUUGAUCCGGCCAAGUCGAAGCCCAUUGGGCGUCUGCAGGGAAUAUCCUACGGGAGGAUCACAGAUGCCUUUCAGAUUCCGUGGCCUGCUUGGGAAGAUGUCAAAACUGGUGCCGAGGCUGAUGGUAUGAUUAGACCAAAGGUGGAUGGGCAGUAG